CUUUUGCUAAAAAUGGCGGCUGCUGUAGUCGAAGACGAUGAAGCGUGGCUUUAUGGGGAUGAAAACAAAGAUAAAGAAAAUAAAAAGACCAGAAAUGGGAAGAAGUUUGAGAAGAAGGAUGAUAUGGAAGAGGGUCAGUUGAGUGGUGAAGAAGAAAGUCAAGAUAAAAGAGAUAAAGCCAAUUCAGAUGAUGAUGAUGACGACGAUGACGAUGAUGAUGAUGACGAUGAUGUGCAAGUCACAAUUGGUGACAUCAAGACAUGGAGUGUUGGCGAAGGUGGUAGUAAAUUAUUUAAAGGAAGUGGUACAUAUCAAAAACCUGCAGGAGUGGUGGUAUCUAAGACAACUAGUUCUACUAAAGGUAUUGAUAUAGAAGCACAAGGCAGUAUAAAUGGUAUACCCACUUAUGAAUUUGACAUAACUAGUUUAGAAGAAAAACCAUGGCGAAAACCAGGUGCUGAUGUAACAGAUUAUUUUAAUUAUGGUUUUGAUGAAGAAAGCUGGACACUUUAUUGUGUUAAACAAAGAAAUACAAGAUUAGAUAAUGGUCAAUCUACAUUCAAAUCAAUGACUAGUACAACGAAACCAUCAGAAAAAGAUUCUCAAGUAUCUCCUGUAGUAACAUUAAUAGGUCGUAAAGCAGCUCCUCCGCCUAAUCGUAAAUAUUAUGGUACAAUCGAUGUGAUUGGUUCAACUAUGAGAGAUUCACGCAGACCAGGAGAAGGAGCCAUACCAACAACUGAUACUCCUGAUUAUCGGAAAUUUACUCCUACCAUUCCACCUCCGGGAAUGCCACCUCCUGCAUUACCAGAUUAUAGUAUACCACCGCCUGGGUUAGGUCCUCCACCUACUCUACUUGGUGUGACUCCAAAUGUAUCUCUUCCACCACCAAAUUUCCCUCCUCCACCCGGUUUUUUUCCAGCACCAGGCACCAUGCCACCCACUGAAAGUUACGAAGACCGAGCUUUUACAUAUGAUGCAGCUACAGGAACGUAUAACUAUGGUUCUAAUACAUGGGAUAACAGACGUAAAUCAAAAAGGAAAUCUGAAAAGAGAAGUUCGUAUGAUCGUUAUGAUUACAGCAGACGUGAUCGAUCCCCACCAUCCGACGAUGAAUAUUCAGUUUCUAGUCACAGAGAUAGAAGUAGCUCCUAUUAUCGAGAUAGAGAGAGGAGCAGGGAUCGUGAUAGGGACAGUCAUCGAGAUCGAGAUAGGGGUCGUGAUACUAGGGAUAGAGAUCGAGAGCGGGAUAGAGAUCGUGAUAGAGAGAGAGAAAGAUCAAGAGAGAGAGAUAGUUCUAGAGAAAGAAGACAUAGAGACAAAGAAGAGAAACACAAGAAAAGGUAUACAAUAAUAUAA